UGCUCGGUGACAGCUGCAAGGCCCGCCCCCUGACAUUACAGAGCGGACUCCGGCAGGGAAGAGCAGGACAGACGGCGGAGCGGGAGACGGAGGAGUCCGGGUACAUGGACAUCGGCACACCGAGAGCCCCCUCCGUGUUAUCCGGGGGACGCCGGACUUCUACACCAGCGUCCUAGGGAGGAGAGGAGCAGUACACAACUCGGGACGGCAGGCAUGGAGCUCCCGGCGGCCGGGGAACAUGUCUUCGCUGUGGAGAGCAUCGAGAAGAAGCGAAUCCGCAAGGGCCGUGUGGAAUACCUGGUGAAAUGGAGAGGAUGGUCAUCCAAGUAUAACACAUGGGAACCAGAGGAAAAUAUUUUGGACCCUCGACUGUUAGUUGCAUUUCAGAACAGAGAACGACAAGAACAGAUUAUGGGGUACCGAAAACGUGGACCUAAACCAAAGCACCAUAUUCUGUCGGUGCCGUCAUUUGCCCGUCGUUCCAAUGUCUUGAGUGGCCUUCAAGAUACUACUGUGGCCAGCAAUCCUAAGCUGGAUAUGGCAUCUAUAGCAAAGAGCCAGCCUUACCAAUAUCAGUUGAACAGUAAAAAACACCACCAAUAUCAGCCGUAUGCAAGUGAUCUCUCUGAAAAGCACCACUCAAGCAACAAAAGAAAAUAUUACUACCAACUGAAUAGCAAGAAACAUCAUCAUUACCAGCCAGACCCCAAGAUGUAUGACCAGUAUCCCUCAGGGAAGGAUUCUCAAAACUCUUCUGAUCAAAGCAGACAAAGGGAGUCCUGGACUCAGAGCCGGCCUAUGGAGUUGGAGGCUCCAGCAAAAAAAGGCAUAGGGUUAGCUUUAAAUGGCUUUGACAGAACUCUUUCUAGCGUUGCUCCUACCAGCACGGUUAAAGAAGUGUCUGGAAAUGGAGUUGGAGGCAAAAUGAAAAUUGUGAAAAACAAAAAUAAGAAUGGGAGAAUUGUCAUAGUUAUGAGUAAGUAUAUGGAGAACGGGAUGCAGUCUGUGAAAAUUAAGUCUGCAGAGGAGGAUUGUGAAACUGAGCCUGGAAGGACAGUGGGCACAAAGGUCACCUGCAAUGGUGACAGGACUUGUAACGUGGUUGAAGAAAAACAGGAGAGCUGGAAAAACAGAGUGGAGCCCAAAAUCAGAAUAAAUGAGGAUAAAGUCUGUGGAGACAGGAAGACCAUUCCUCUUGCUGGCCUCCGGAGAACCUAUUCUAACGCUGAAUCUGUUCACAACCAGCCCUUGCCACUCACUACCAAGGAGGACAUAACCACGUGGACAAAGGGAAGCAGUUUAUCUUGUAAUAAAGAGUCAACUAAGGAUGUUGUAUAUAUUAACCCUAGAAAGAGAUGCUUGGCUGAGUUGGCAGAUGUUGGAGAUGCCUCCAAAAAGGUACUUACUUCACGAAGCGUUAGCGCUCCCGGUAGAUUGGAGAACCAGGGUGGUCAGAGCAUUCUGCCUGUUUCUCCACAAGAGCCAGACAUUAUUCUCUUAGACUCUGACUCAGAUGAACCCAUGGACUUGCGAUGUGUGAAGUCCAGGUGUGACAGUCGCCAAGAAAUCACCAACCAUGCCGUUCAAGUGACUGAAGAAUCCCAGGCCAGUGAACCAGAUGACGCAAAGGAGGACCCAAGGACUGUAUUCAAACCUUUUUUUGGAAAUAUUGUGAUUACAGAUGUAACGGCCAACUGUCUUACUGUUACUUUCAAGGAGUAUAUAACCGUUUGACCACGUUUUGGGGGAGAACUUGGAAUGAAUUAUCAUUCAGUGAUAACGGCAGUUGGGAGAAAUCCUGUUUGUUUUUUGUUAAAGCCUUUAAAAUUUUGCAGCCUACUAAAGCACUUAAUAGCUAAACGGCCUGUACGAGUGUUGUAUCUGCAGGCUUUUUUUCCCCUGGUAAAUGGAACCGUUGUCAAUGAUAACCAUGUAAGUUGUAUAUUUAUUAGUAUUUAUAUGUGUAGAUUCAAACAGGCUUUGCAUUGUUAAUAGCUAUAAUUUUUUGUGAAAUGCAACUUUGAUGUAACUAUUUUGUUGCCAGAAUUGACUAAGUCCACACUGAUUAUAUCAAAGUUGUAUAUUUAUGGUGUUUUGUUGAUAUGCAAAGACAAAUUAAAUCCAGAGCUGCUAAUAGAUUUAUUUUUUUUUUUUUUUAAUGCUAGCUGCUUGUAUGUAAAUAUUUAACAAGGAAACGGUAUGUAAGCAGCAUGAGUUAGCCCUGGGCUUGUGUAGAAGUUUGUAGCCUUAGUUAGGUGCUAAAUUAUAUUGUGCAAUAAUAAAAUGAACCUGAAUUAUGAA